AUGGAUUACUCAUGUGCUUUUAGCCGCCUUCUCCCAAUCUUGAUUGUCAUGUACUUCUUCAACUUUGUCGAUAGAUCAAAUCUCGCGAACGCUCGACUGGGAGGGCUUGAGAAAGACCUCCACAUGUCAGGAUCAGAUUUCAACCUUGCCACCAGUAUCCUAUUCAUUGGAUAUCUCAUAAUGCAACUCCCGGCGAACUUAUUGCUGACCAUCGCUCGGCCUUCGCUGUUUCUCUCCACCGUCAUGGUGGUUUGGGGCGCCUUGACCACCUGCACCGCAGCCGCGAGCUCCUUCAAGGGCCUCCUCUUGGUCAGGUUCUGGCUCGGUUUCGCAGAAGCCCCGUUUUUCCCUGGCGCUAUGUUCGUCAUGUCUUCGUGGUACACACGCGCUGAGCUUGGCAAGAGAUACGCUCUUCUAUAUGCCGGAUCCGUAUUGGCAAACAUAUUUGCAGGAUUGAUUUCCGCAGCCAUCCUUGCGAACCUUGAUGGGCACAUGGGAAAGAGAGGCUGGCAAUGGAUCUUCAUCAUUGCCGGCCCUCUCACGAUAUUCUUUGCGAUGAUGUCUGCACUUGUUCUCCCGGACUAUCCACGUACCACGCGCUGGCUCACGGACCGCGAGAAGGAGUUCGCGGUCUAUCGCCUGCAACGAGAUCAGGGCGACAACACCGAUCAGCGAGUCCCGCUAUUGGAGGCGAUCAAGAUGGCUCUGUGCGACUACAAGCUAUACUUGUUCAUUGUGAUACAGCAUUGCAAUCUGUUGUCUCAAACAUUCACAUACUUCUAUCCGACGAUUGUGUCUUCUCUGGGAUAUAACAAGACGCAAACCCUCCUGCUCACGGCUCCGCCUUGGUUUGCCGCAUUCUUGGCAUCUCUCCUGGUCACCGCACACGCUGCACAUACCAACGAGCGCUGUUUCCACGUCGUCGUGCCGAUGUUGGCCAGCGCUGUCGGUAACAUCAUCAUGGUCUCAACACUCAAUACGGCUGCCCGGUUUGUAGCGAUGUUUCUGUUGCCUAUGGGCGCACUUCCGGCCUUUCAGAUGAUUCUGACUUGGGUAUCGAAUUCCUUCCCGAAACCACUGACUAAACGUGCAGCAGCCAUAUCAAUGGUCAACAUGCUUGGCAACCUCGCGUCGGUGUAUGGCUCGUUCCUCUGGCCCUCGGAUGAUGCGCCGAGGUAUUUGACAGGUGGUGCAACGAUUGCGGCCGUGUGCGUCUUGUGCGCCUGCGGAGCGCUGUCGAUGAGGUUGUUGCUCGCUGCCGAGAACAAGAAACUAGACGAGCAGGAGCCGAGCGAAUCGGCGGAGAGGGGUGCAUAUGGGACGAGCAGCGGUGUCGACAAUCGGGGACAAUCAUUCAGAUACAUCCUGUAG